AUGUUGACGCUGCGCAACAAGUCGAUGGGCAGCGGUCCAAUGCCAACACGCAAGAGGACCACGGAAGAUGACGGUGGAUGCAUGUUCUCAUUAGAGAUUUUACCAGUAAACUCUUCGCGAGAGGUUCACAGACGCGCGCUGUCUGAUUCGCUUGCCAUGCAUUGCAGGCUAGCCACAGUCUACGGGCUCGUAAUUAUCCUCAUCAUCAUUACCUCUACUCUUGGUUUCCUGCUCCUUGCUUUAAUCCUAUUUGCCUGCAUUAACUGGAAGAAAAUCGGGCGUUUGCUGCUUGCUAGAACAUCACGUGGCGUCCGCGACCUCGAGCUUGGCCACUUGCGCAACCAGCAGCAAAGUGCCACCCCACGCGCCGAGACUGUUGAUGUAAAUGAUCGUCGACCAACGAUCGAUACACGCACUGACGAGGAAGUCGAUCCUGACGUUGAGACUAAUGCUUACGUCGAGACUGCUCAUAUCGAUAACCAUCGAACAGUAACCACUGGCAGUGAGGGUGAGUGA